AGCUCCUACAGUAACACCUUGCAUUAGAUUUCUCAUUUGCCAACCUUACAUCAGUUGUUUACGGCUUCAGGUUGCAUCAGUGCGAUGAAGCUUCUGUCUUGCUACUGUAGAUAAAAUACUCAUGGGAGAAUCGUCAUGCUGCCGGAGAAACACGAAACUUACCAUCCAAUUGGUGGCUUAUGUUAUAUUUCCUACUAAAGAGUCUGUAACCUAAAAUAUCAUUUUCGAAAAUCAAAAAAGGAGAAAUGUUGGGUAACAGGAGAGCUUUUAUACCUUUCCACAUUGUAUAAAAAAGUUGCUCCACCAUCCAUCUCCGCCACAGCCUAAACACGCCUUCCAUCCAUCUCCACACCAUCCAAUCACUGAACACAGCUACUCAAGUUCAUGGAGCUGACCAAUUACAACCUAGCUCAAUGUUACGAACGGGAAUCACAUGAUCUAAAUUCUGUUCCAUUCCUGAAACGGUACACUUGGUCCUUGUAGAGUGAGUUGUUUGUCCCAGUGAUCGUCAGGAUAAGAAGGUCGGGGUUGUGUUGAGGUGAGGCGUUUGAUGAGAUGUUCCUCUAUUAAGUAUGAUCUUAAUGGAUUAGACAUGAAUGAUAAACCAUAACCUUUACUCUAACUCUUUUUUUUUCUCUUUUUAGCAUUUCCUUCCAGAUUUAAAACAUGUUGAACGCCAGCCUUUAUGACAACUCGACCAUCACCGGGGGUCGUGUUCGCCCGCUCUGGUACAAUUACCCAGAAUGCGUCGUGUCCCCUCAGCCCUUUGCCUUCUACUUUGCGUGCAAGGUGAUCAACCUGGUCGUUGGCACUCCGGGCAACAUCUUCGUCAUCUGGCAAAUCGCUUCGAAAAAGAAGAACACCUCCACGUCGGACAUCUUCUUCCUCAACCUGGCCGUGCUGGACGCCUACUUCUGCUUGAUGACCCCUAUAGAGUUGGUCAACAGGAUGGAGCUGGACGACAAAAACAUCUGGAUCUUCCAGAGGUUUGCGUAUGGGGUGAAGGACCUAGCACCACUUUUUCUUGUGUGUAUCUGCGUGGACCGCUACAUGGCUGUCGUACACCCAGUGUUUUUCUCGAGCUACCAGGAGACCAUCACCCGCGGUUGCGUUUGCAUCGUAAUCUGGAGUUUAAUAAUGCCCUACAGCAUCAUCAAGGGGAUCCACGGCAUUCUGAGCGUGACCGGCAUCUUCUCCGGGGUCAUCCUCUUUGCAUUCGCCGUCAUGGUCUUCUGCAACAUCUCCGUCAUCUGGGUCCUCCGGCACUCGGUGGCGGGGAAGGAAAAGAUGCACCCGGUGAAGAAGAGGGCCUUCAAGAUGGUGCUGAAGAACCUGGGCAUCAUCGUCUUCAACUACCUCCCGCCCGUGGCCUCCAUGCCCUUCGUGUCUUACUACACGCGGUUCGAGUACCUCUGUCUGAUCAGCAUCAGCGUGUUCGCCGUCAUGGACCUGAGCUGCAGCAUCGAGCCGCUGCUCUACAUCUCAAAGUCGGAGGGACUGAACGCUUUCUGCUGCAAGAAGGCCUCGGAAAGCCCAGCCGACGUCAAGGUUUGACCCGGCCGUGUGUGAAGUCACUUCCCGUCCUCCACAUUUACCGACACCCCCUACGGCUACAGAGUCUUAAAAUAAAUAGCUACCAUGGCGAUGUGGUGAAAAACGUUUGUUUCCUCCCGUUAUCCGACUGGGAGCUUAGAUUUUUAUUUUUUAUCAUCUUCGUUGCCCUCAAUAUUUUUUAUUUACCAACUAAUGAAGAUAAUCCCAUUAAUCUUGUGCUGAAGAAAGAGAAUUGUUGAACCCACUCGAAUAAAAUGAUUCAAUUAGUAACAAGGAACUGAAUUAUGUUCAUCCAGGUUAAUAAUUAUGCUGUUAAGUUAAAUAGACACAAUAAAUUACCUUGUUUCCCAUCAGCAGUUAUACCUGAGGGAAACAUGAUGUCUUGGCUACUAAUUAAACAUUCCUCGAGACUUUGGUUAACUCAGAAGGUAAAGUAUAACUUAACAAAAUCAUAUUUGAACAGAAUAAUUAAAAGUUUAUUUGUUUUUUUCCAUUGAAAAGACUGGACUCAUUCAUUACUAAAUGGCUCAUUUUCAGAUUUUGCUGCUGCCAUAAAAGAGUAAAUCACUUUUAACUCUUUGAUGCCUCUGUACCAGUGAUAGCAACAAUUGUAGCUAAUUUGAAUUAGCAAAAAGAAAAAAAAAGUUGUACAUCAAAUAAAAUAUGUUUAAAAAUAUUAAAGGCUUUCUAUUAAACAACUGAGUUUUAAAAGUUGAAUCAUAUCUUGCAGCUUGUUUAAAUAUACCUUUCUCUCGCAGGUGUUUAAAUUUAUCAGCUGAAUUACUGUUGGUUGCUACGGAAACUCUUAAGCUCUUUUUAUUUUUAAUGAAAGUCUAAAGCUGUGUGGGGUUUAGAAAACACUUAAUGGGCACUUAGGACCUAAUUAAUUUAGCCCCAUAGCAAGAAAUGCUCAGUGGAACCAAUUAGCAGUGAUGUAAUGAGCGGUUACACAGUUUAUGCAAGAUGAUUAGCUAAAUACGUCAGGAAGUAAAUAUUCCAGGAAAUAUGUGGCACUGCAAGCAAUUAUCCGUCUGGUUUAUUAAAUUUAAUAACGUGUGAAUUUCUCUAUAAUAACUGUUUGUUUUUGUUUUGUUUCAUUUAUUGUGCGUGUGCAACGUUUGUGUUGAAUAUAUGGUGAAGUUAGUUAUCAGUUUGUCUAAAAAUGUAUCAUCAAUGCCAAGAGUUUUGUUUAUCUAUUUUAAAGAAGAAGCUAUUUAAAAUACAUACGCUGGAGUCUCAUUUGUAAAGAUUUUUACAUUUACUGGAAUGUUAGUAUUCACAUUAUUUCAAUCAGAUUUCUGAAUUAAAAGUCGAUGUUUUUGAUGGAGAGACAAAAUACUUGCUUGAUGAUUUAUAUUAUUUACGUGCUUGGCUGACGGGAAACAAGCACAUUAUUGUGAUUGGUAAAAAAAA